ACGUUCCUGUCAGGAUUUAAUGGCGUGUGGGUAAGAUUUGGAAGGGAUUUCAUCAUUUUAGGAAAAGAUAAAGGUUUGUACAGCAGGCGACGUGAAUGAAAUCCGGGGCGCAAGCUGAGUGUUUUUCUGCGUGUGAGAAAAGCUGAGCGAAAGCGCGCGACUGCUCAUGCGCCCGGGCAAGUCAGUGCGCGUGAAGAGAUGCUGCUCAUCACAUAGGCAGUGUGGCGUCUGAUCAGGGGUCGAACACAGCUCAUUUCUCCUCCUGUCACACUGGAUCUCCAAGCCUCACGGAUCUCAUGUACGCUUAGGCUCAAUUGACAUCUGAAAUGGAUUUAUUUACGUCUGUCGUUUUGUGUCUCGCGGAUUAUAAGAAGACCGGUGUUGAGCGCGUCUUUUAUUUACGUAAUGUGGUAACUAUUUGCGCAUUACAACUGCGAUAAAAAAUAAAUAAAUAAAUAAAAAUCCUGCUCGAAACGUUGUCGGGGAAUUUUUUUUUUGCGUCCUGGAGGACUGGGGGACAAAAAAAAAGGUUGUAUCUCCAUCUGGCUUUUGUUGCUGAAUGGGAAAAGCAUGGCACGUUACUGUGAUGGCCAAUGGAUAAAUACACGCCAGCUCUGGGCUUUAUUUCCAUGCAAACCUUGAUGCAUCGUAACCUUCUGGAGCUUAUACCCGGCGACUUGUUCAGCUCACUCUGUUAAUUUCUUCUGUAUGUUUAAAGAAGUCGAAUAAAACAUAUAUCGUCAUAAGACUAGGUCUGACUCUUGACAGAGUGGAAGCUAUGCCAUCCUCCAUGGAACUGUUCAUUAAGUGGGCUAUCUGUACUUUCCUGGUUCUUAUCCACAUACCUGGCACUGAUGGCUCAAUAGUGAAUUUCCACAAAACAUGCAUAUGUGCCAGUAACAUUGUGAGCUGCUCCAAAAUGAACUUAACUACUAUUCCAUCUGACCUGCCCAAGUACACAGCAGUGCUUGAUCUGAGCUAUAAUGACAUCACCAGACUUCGUGCAGAAUGGACCACAUACAAGCUCCCGAAACUCCACAACCUUUUACUGAGCCACAAUGGCUUGUAUUUUAUCUCUACUGAAGCUUUUGUUCAUGUUAAGCACUUGCGUUACUUGGACCUGUCCUCCAACCGCAUCCGGCAACUGGAUGAGUACAUUUUUGAACAGCUAGAGUGUCUAGAGGUGCUUCUGCUCUACAACAAUCAUAUCUCCCAGAUUGACCGCACUGCCUUUACAGGCUUAAGUAAUCUGCAGAAGCUCUACCUGAGCCAGAACCAGGUGUCCCGCUUCCCACUGGAGCUGGUUAAGAACAAGACGCGACUGGGAAAGCUGAAUUUAUUGGACUUGUCUUCAAAUCGGAUCAAAGUCCUCCCCAUUCAAGACCUGCAGGAACUGCCAGCCUGGCUCAAGAAUGGACUAUACUUCCACAAUAAUACGCUUAUCUGUGACUGUGAACUGUACACCCUGAUGGUACAUUGGUAUUUGCGAAGACUAAACUCCGCUGUGGAUUUCAAAGAUGACUAUACCUGCAUAAUGCCAGGGCCUGAUAGGAAAAUCUUGCAUGUUUUUGAGCUAAACAUGCAUAUGAACUGCAGUACAUAUAAUGAAUCAGUGGAGGAAGCCUUUUUGGAGCAGUAUCUCAUUCUCAAGUGUGAUACCCGGCAUCGGGACAUGUCCAAGACGUGGAUGUUACCUGGAAAUGUAGUAGUAUCACCUGUAAACAACCAGACUGCAGUAGUUCUAGCAGAUGGCAACUUGCGGAUCAAUUCAAUAAAACUAGAGGACUCUGGUCAGUACACCUGUUUUGCUGUUAGUGAAUACUUUAAUGAAACCCUGUAUGUGUGGGUGAAGGUGCAUAACUUCACUUUUAAUGGAAACAGCGACACCCUCAAUACGGCAUACACAACUCUGGUGGGAUGCUUGGCCAGUGUGGUCCUUGUGCUCAUCUACUUGUACUUGACCCCUUGCAGGUGCUUCUGCUGUCCAGGACAAGGGAAGUCCAAAAACAAUCAUGAGGACAGUAUUCAUUCAUCUAUGCUCAGUGUCACCCCAACUCAUGAGGAUCUGGCAACCAAAGCAGAGCCCAACAGACAUGUUGCCUUCAUAGAUCCCAAGGACCUGCAGGGCCAGAAUGGGAAAGUGAAUCGUAAUGGGGAAGAGGAACUUGAGGAUGAGGCUAAGCAUGGGAAAGGAAAGAGAAAGAAAUCAGUGGCAGACUCUAUUAGCUCAGUCUUCUCUGACACACCCAUUGUGGUCUGAAUGGAUCCUGUCCAGAUUUGGAACUGGGCAGUCUUCUUUAAUGGAUGCAAAUUGUGUGAGGUUUGUUCAGAGGCAAUGAGUUGUUGAGACGUCUUUGGAAAAAAAGCAACAGUAAUGCAGUUUGCACCCUUCAGCAUGUGGCUAAUUAAAGACACAGUGUUAUAUAGCUUUCCUUUGUGAAUUUGACAUGGACAACUUAGAGAAGCCUUUCCAGCAUUUUAAUCUGUAGCACUUAAGUAUAUACUGUGAAAUGGUCUUGCCAUAUACAGUAAGUGGACUUUAAGCAAUGUUUCACUGAGAAGUGGGGAAGCUGAUAGGGAACAAAGCAAAAUUAAUUUCUCCUGGCAAGUCUUAUUAUUCAGUAAUAUAUAAACCAUAUAAAACAUACAUUAUGAUUCUUAGACUGCUGAGAGUAGAAAGAUUAUACCUUGUGUCCUGUAGCCAUUAGUACUUACAAUAUUUAUUCCUCCCUUCCCCAAAUGCUAACUUGCCAGCAUCAUCACUUUAUAUAUAGAUUUCAGUCAUGAGUCAUUGCUAGAGGAGUGGCAUGCCAUUAACCACCAUUACGGUGAAUGCUGAACACUGUCAAGUGCAUUUGAAAGGACGUAGCAAAGGUUUGAAUGUACUCGUAAAAAAUAUCUCUAAGCUUAUCAGUAUGUCAAAAACGUUAAAUUGGAGAAAGUCCAAUUGCUGCAUUAUGACAAUAUUUCUAUUGGUUCUUGUUAAUAUGGAUAUAAAGGUAAUAGGUAACAUUAAGCCAAAGUUAAUCUUCACUGCAUUGUAAAUCCAUAGACACUUGCAAUAAUGCCACAGGACAACAGCUUAUGCUGAAUUUUAGAACAAAAACAUGCUGGAUUUUAGGACAAAAUGCUAAAACUUCUGUAAGAUAGAUGUCGUCUUUUAGCAUUCUGUUCGAGUUUGGAUAUUGAAAGUUUGGGUAGUUGUAGCACCAAAAAUUAGAACUGAUAUGCCAGCUGCCAUUAUCCCCAAGGAUCACUGAAAAUUGAUGCCAGACUCACAAUAGCAUUUCUUGUAAUCCCCAGCUUUAGAGUAAAUUAAAUCAGCAUGUUGUGUGCACAGCAAAUGUAUACCUUAAACAAUGACUCGUAAUCGCAUUAUGACUGCCAUUCUCUGUCAGGAAAUAUGGCCUAUUAUUUGCACAAAGCCAUUUGCAUGAGACUGUCUGUCAUGACAACCAGAGAGAGAGAGAGACAUUUCCUGAAUGCUAAUAACCUCUUAAAAUAGAAUAAGGUAUCUCACCGGCUUUUCUCUAGUACACCAGGACAGUCCAUAAUGCAAACACAAAAACUGUUUUUCAAUCAUCUCUGAUUCCCAAACCAUUUCAAGUUCAGGGUUAUUUGCAUAUUUUGCCAGCUUUUGUCAUUUGCUGAGUCACCUAUUGUCAUAAUGUUGUCCAAGAGAUUGGUCUCAUCAUUAACUACACCUGAAACCCUCAAAAGAUGCUUGUAAGAAGCUUUUUGAGAAAAAUGGUAGUCUAUUCUGCCGUAUUUAUUAUGCAUGUUACUACCCAGUGUCACAUAGGCUUUAAUGAGCAUGAUAAACACAGUCGAAAGGUUCCUCAGAUAUAGCACACAAUGAACAUUUUACAGUGGUGUUUCCAUGUGUACUGCCACAUAACAUGCAUUCUAUGUAGCAUUCAGCUGCCAUACUCUGUAACUAUAUCCAUACCCCAUAAAAGUUUCAACUCUCUGGCUACACAUUUGCCUUGAGUGAAAUAAGACAGUGGUUGGACAGUCAAAUCAUUUUUAUUUCCAACGUGCUUGGGUGAAGUCAAAGGCAGGCUAAUUCAAACCAUACUGAUUCUCAAAGGUAAAUCAUUAGGGAGGACACAAGCAGUGGAAGUAUUUUAGAGUAGUCCAGUUACAAUCUGUGUAAUAAGGGACUAAAUCCUCUAAGAUUCUCUUUUCUGAGGGGAGCGCCCAUCUGGUUUGCACAGCAUCAUCUCAGGAAAAAGUAUCAGAAAUUGAGAGCAGCUAUGAUGGACAGCGGCAGGCAGUGGGCAGCUCAGGCCUGUUAAACGCCUCCACAGCUGAAGCCAAAAUCCUGUGACGUCCUCACCAUCGUGAUCUCUAUUGGAAAAGGCCAGUGUCUAUGUUGCUUUCAAGCAUGCUUCACAUUGGCAAGAGACACAACACCCAAACAAGAUCUAAUGGCUAUUUAGCCCUGUGUCAUUCGUUUUCCUUUAGUAUCAGUCCUUGGAUAUUGUUAGAUGGCAGCAGUAUUCUAUUAAUCUGUUUAUCAUUGAGCAUUUAAUGGUCGGUACAUCUGUGCUUUUGUGUGUUGCUUCUGUGUUUGUUUAAAAUGUUUAUCUUGAAGACAAUGUUUUCUUAACCAGCAAGUCAUUUUGUCUGAUUUCCUUGUACUUCUAUUAGAAGUGCCCGAGUCACUCCUGUAGUUUAGUCCUGCUGGCUCUAAUACCGACACGUAUUAGGUGUAUCAAUUUAAUACAGCUGGCCCUGAUAUAUUCAGAUGGCACUGAAGAGCCUGUUCAUGUGGGUUAAAGCUGAAAAUAACUUGGGGGGGUGGGGGGUGUUUGGGGAGUAGAUCACAGGGAGCAUAUUGGGCCUCCUUCUUCUUUAUAUAGUGUUCUUUAUGCUGUUGUCUGGAUUCCUCUUGUGACAAAAGUUGAGAUGUUGAGGAUUUUAUAAUGUUAUCUGUUGUAAUUUAUGUUUCUGUCAUAUGAAAUCUUAAAGAGAAGUUUACAAUGUGUCUCAAUAGGUCUGUAUAUUCAAAUUAAGAAGUUAGUAAAUAGACCAGAAACUUCAGUAAGCCAUUACAGACUUUACCUAUGGAGGCAACAAAGCACUGUAUCAUUAAGCAGUAGGUUAUAUGCUCUUUUUCAGGAAAACACUGUUAUAUGUAGAAAUGUUUGUGAAAAAAAACCCAGAGAUUUGCCUUGACUUUACAUUAUGCGCCUCUAAUACCUUUCUUUAGGAUAAUGUAUAAUGUAUAAUGUAAGCACACUAAAUUGUGUAUCAGUGUACAUAUUUCUUACCUAGACACUUUAAUCCUGUAUGUGAAUAUGUUCUGUUCAUUUUGGGGGGGUUUUAAGUGCCAUAUACUGUAUGUAACAUGUAUGUAAUAUUUCACAACUCUGUAUGUCAAGUAUUUUAUCUUGUUAGUUUUAAAUUUCUGGCUACUAAGAGACUAUUGAUAUAAAGUGUCUGUGUCUGUCUGUUGUCUACAGUUGGAUAUACAAAGACUUUUAGUCUAUCAGAAAUACACUGACCAUGCCACAAUCAUUUCAACAAAAGUGCCCGUCUUUGGUUUUUGUGAAAGUAAAAAACAACAAAGAGACAAACACAUCCGGCUACCGGAAAUCACCUAAAGUAGUAAAAGCUUUCCAGUGAAAACAUGGCCUGUCUCAGUAAGCAUAUUAUGAGUGCAAUAUCCAUUAGAUGCUGCAUAGUGCUGGUCCUGUUUUAGAGCUUUAGUGGUUCUGCUGUAUCGAGUGUCUAUGAUAGACUGCAGACAGUGACUGAGGGGAGGGUAAAGCUAUAGACUAUAGAAUUAUUAUGAUGGUAAAAUUAUUUGCAAAACUAAUAAAAUGGUUACAGCUUCA